AUGGAUCUGGGUGCCAGGAGUGAGGAGCAUGAGCUGGAGGAGGCGCUGCAGGAGCUGAGAGAAGCCCAGGGCUUGGAGGGGGCCCCUCGGUUCUGGGCCGAGGAGGGCCAGGAGUCGGCCCCAUCCUCCAUUUCGACCUUGUCGGCCUCUGCCUCUGUUGCCCUGUACUCAGGGCCCCUAAAGGAGGCGAACGCCACUGAGAGACCAAGUCCACCCCAGAGCCCUCCUCAGGCACAGCCCUUGCCCCAGGCCAUGCCAGCACCCCUGGGGAACCAGUCCCCUGCCAAUCACUCCCGCAGCCAGGGGGACGAGGCCCCAGGGGACACCACGGUCUCCCUCCAAGAUGCGCUGCGCAGGAAGGAGAUGCAACUGGUGGCCUUCCUGCUCCUCAACCAUGCCUCCUGGUGCUUGCAGGGUGCCUUUGGCAUAGACAUAAAGGAAGUAGAUCCCAAAAGCCACUCCUAUGUCCUGGUCCCCACCCUGGGCCUCACCUGGGAUGGGGUGACCGAAGAGCAGCACCUCCCCAAGACCGGCCUCCUGGCACUGCUCCUGGGCGUGAUCCUCCUGCAGGGUGGCCGGGUCCCUGGGGAGGAAGUGUGGGGAGUGCUGAGUGUUGCGGGCAUGUGUCCUGGGAGGGAGCACUUCAUCUUCGGGGACCCCAGGGAGCUCAUCACCGGGGUCUGGGUGCAGGAGCAGUACCUGGAGUACCGGCAGGUGCCCGACAGCGAUCCCUCGCUGUGA